GGCCCAACCGCCUCCCCAACCAAUUCUUCUUCAAACUCCCGCCACCCCCAACGGCCGCUUCCAUGGCCUCGUCCUCCUCCUCCUCCUCCUCCUCCUCCUCCAUGCCCGCCACCGCUGCCUCCUCCUCGCGGCCCCCCGCCGACGCGGCCUUUCCUGUUCUGGGGAGUUUGCCACCGCGUCCUCCCAGGGGCGGGAGAGCGGCGCCGCCGCGUCCUCUGAGGAGGAGCAAGGACCGUCGGCGAGGAGGGAAGACGCCCAGCUACACGUUCGACAGGGACACCGUCGGCAUGUCGCUUGGUUCGCUCUACGGGCGCGCGGACGACACCGCAGCGGAGACGACUGCGGCCAUGGCCGAGGCGGACGCCGCAGCGGGGACGACCUCGGCGACUCCUCCGACCUCUGUCGUUCCGGCCACGACGACCAUGGCGGGGACGAUCUCCGCGCGUCCACCGACCUGCGCCGCCCCGGGGACCUUCGCCGCAGCGAAGGCGGUUCUCUCAGGGCUUCCCGCCCUGUUGCCUGCUGUGCAGGUGUUCGGCGACUACCGCUUCGGGUACACGAUGGGCGACCUCUUCCAGGACCUCGAGAAGCUCCAGCUCGAGCAGCCGGACCUCGGCCAGCAUCUCCAGGCCGUCAACGAGCCGAGGCAUCCGCCGCCGCUCCAGUUUCAGGUCCAGCCGCCGCUCCGGUCCCAGCCGCUUCAGGCCCCCGGCAACUUCAACGCGCCUCCGCCCCAGUUCCAGGCGCCGCCGCGCUUCGGGCAGCACUCCCAGGUCCCAGCUCGCCCGCUACACCAACGGGGUGCGUCCGAUCCAGCUCGCGGCGCCGCACCGCCACCCUCCAUUCCAGUUCCACGGCUACUCGUUCGCGUCGAGCCCUCCGGUGUUCAUACGGGUUCAGUUCGAGCAUCAGCAGGGGUCCUUCACGGGGUUUCGUCAGGGUACAGGAGUGAGGACUGCGGCAGCUCCUCAGGGUACAGGACAGCCUAGGAUGAGCUGCAACACCCGGAUGUCGACGCAGAGUAGAUGAAGAUCAGAGUGGGAGUUCUUCACAAGUUCAGGAUACGAUGACAGCUGAACUGGACGCCUACUUUUGCCUAUAGAACAGAUAGAUAUAGGUUUAGAAAAAUGCAAUCAGCAGCUCUCGUGUUUCUUCUGCUAGCUAAACUCACUCCGUUCCAUCGACAGAACAGGUGUUUUGGCCUCGCGUUCCUAUGAUUCAGGAGUCAGGACUGCUGAAAUUGUUGACGCUGGAUAUAGCCACUCUUCUGACAUUCA